UUCGCGAGCAGAGACGCUGUAUCAUAUCCGACUUCGAGGUUGAGCAUGCAGCUAUAUCAUUGAGCAUCACCCCUCAGCGACAGCCUCAACCUGCCUGUGUGACAAGAUAUCCGCCAACAUGUACUUCCUAUCCAGACGCUGGAAGCCCAACAAGUGGCCCUUCUACAUCCUCAUCGGCCUGGAAUCACCAUUGACUGUUGCCCUCCUCGCCCUGUUCGGUAUUGCUUCACCAAAUCUAUAUCGCACCAAAUUAUGGCAGGAUGGAGCAGAUAACGGCUUCAACUCGAGCCCAUCCACGGGGCUGUAUGCCGCUGCGAAUUACAGACCAUACACGACUCCCAAAGUCUGGUCGCAAUUUAUAACAAACUACAAUAUCGUUAUCUCGGUCCUCUCCAUGUUCAUCCUACUCGUCAAAUCCGUCAUGUACAUACUACAUGUGUUUCCGCCCGUUCUGUCCGUUCUGGUUCAUGCCCUACUCAUCGCCCUCUACACGGUAUCAGUCGAUUACCAAUCUAGCAGUGACACCACGGAUCCUGAACACCCACAGAGAGGUCCGCCGUGGUACAUCACAAAAUCGUGCAGUGUCACAAAGAACAAGAGUCUGGUCGGCUACUGCAAACAAGCGAAGGCGAGUUUUGCCUGCACAUGCGCCAUGCUGGGUGUGUUUAUCGUAUACUUCGGCUUUGCUGUAUGGUCAUGCUUCCCGUCCAAGCAGCAGCGUGCCGAGUAUGCCGAGAAACGGCGUCUCAAGGCCGAGAAGUGGGCGAAGUUUGAGUCUGUCGAGGAUCCGACCACGGGCGAGCAUACCGGAUAUCCCAUGCCUGAGACUCCGGGUAUUCAAGGAUCAUUGCAUCCGAUGACGCCUCGGACGCAGGCAUUCAACACCCUUGGAGGCACGAAGGAUCUACCUCUUCGGAACCAUUUCAGUGCACCAAGACGACCGAAUUCGCCGACUUUUGCAAUGACAAGUCCAGAUCGGCAAAGGAGCCCCUUGAGUCCUGGUUUCAUUGAUCGAGUGGGCAGUGAUGUCCAAGCUGGGAAAUCUCCCGAGAUCGGACAUAGUCCCGUUCCAACUGCACCUCAGAUGUACUUUCCUCCACCUCCCAAGACGUCAAAGAAGUGACAAUCCCUGAACGGACUGACACGGUAUGAUUGAGCAAUAGCAUGGCGGUUUGCUGCGUGACAAUGGCCUCUGUACAUUCCACACAGAAGUCUAUCUGGAUAUAUGGAUUGGUAAAGCGAACGUGAAGAGUCUGCAAGUGUAAUGAACAUGUUGAACCACUCAUUGAAUGCCCCAGAGAUAAUGUCAC